UGUAGUUGGGCUGUGUGUCCACAAUAAAAGCAUCGACUCACCCACCUUUUGAGCGUGGGAAAUCAUCCACUGCUUCCGUCCAAAAUAUUGCUACACGUCCCCUCAAGAAGUUUGAAUCUGCUUCCGAUUUCGAUACCAUAGACGAAACUACAGAAGUAACUUCGCUAGGUGCAAAAACGCGACAAAUAGGUCAAAAAAGAGAGCAGUGAUUCCCCCAUUCCUACAAUUCUUGGUUCCUUACUUACAGGACAAAGGGAAGUCUCCCGCCGAAAUGUCUUCCGAGGUCUAUCGGGUUAACAAAUGACGAUCAAUCUGGCCAUCUUUUCCAAGUGGCGGGCAAUAUUCAAAAUGGAAUGACUUUUGAGGAUAAACCCGGCAAGAAGCCAGAGGAGUCAGCGAGUUUUCAAAGCAAGGUCUUUGUUGAAAAGGUGUCAGCAGCAAACCUCUCUCACAUCAAGGGAAUCUGUGAGGCAAUUCCUGCACCAAAAAAGCAGUUCAAGAGUCCUCAGCGGCUCUAUUCUCAAGAGCCUAUCACAUGCUGCCAGGAAUGGAUGACUGAAGUCAUUGAGGCCUUAGUUAAUGAGCAUGUCCUUGAGAAUUAAUGAUAUUGAGAGGGUUGGAUGUUUGGGUGAAUCAUCCUAUGAUUGGACAAUAUACUCCGUACUUGAUAUAAUUUAAAUUUUGUGUGCUUUUCAUAUUUCAUUCCGGCCUAGGAGCUCAAUUGAUAUUGCAUUCAACUUGCCACCGAUGUUGAUUUUAAGAAAGAUAUAUGGAGGAAUGUUGAAUAGGCCUCUAGCAAUUCAUGGUUGUAACUUCUUUCAAGUCUUUUGUUUGCUUCUUGCUUCUACUGAGGAUGCUACGCCGUCUAGUUGAAAUCGAUGAGUUGGGGCCCUACGUGAUUCCUUCCGUACGUCCGAGGGGGCUAUUGGAUCACCAAGAUAUUUACAGCGGACUUAAUACAACUUCUUCCCACCUGUGCAGAGC